GUAUUUUCAGAUUUUUGACAGUCGGCGCUAUUUUGGUGAUCAAUUGAACAUUUGAUUAUCGAUAUUAAAUUGAGUUUUCAACGAGUUUGAAAUUUUUGUUUUAGAUGAUGAGAAAAUAAAAUGGAUUUGAGCAAAUCCAGAGAAGGUGUUAAUAAAAGGUUUACUUUUAAGAAGCCAAAUGGUUUGAUAGCAAACAAGCCAAAGGCACUGAAUGAAAGCAAUGAAGUGCUUAUCAUUGGAGAAUCUGUGCAACAACAGAAGAUAUGCACAAAACAGACCACCAUUAGUCACUUCACAAACAAGUCCAAGCCUGUGGCGACAGUAACUCCACACUUUUCGCCAUAUGAAUCGGUUGCUGGGAAACGGAAAAGGGAAAUAAGUGGACCAAUGGCUAGUCAGCCGCCAAAACUUGCCAACAUGUUUGUUAGUGACUUCGAUGAUGAUGAAGAUGAUCUUUUCGAUUUUGAUUUGUCAAAUAUACAAGUUUCUCCCAGGAGCAGUAAACCUAGCCUUAACAACCAACGACCGAUGACCAACCGGAAUGAGGCUGUUUCACUUCAGUCAAGCUCUAAACCAUUGAUAGAGUCAACAGUUUCAAAAUCCUUGGCUGACAAGAACAAAAUCAUGUCUUCUACUCCUGAUGGAAUACAGAAUACUGGUAGCUGUCAUCAAGACAGCAAGCGAUUGCGGAAGAGCAUCGAACCAGAGAUAUUUCCGUCUACACAGCAAGAUCUUUCUGUUGUGUGGGACAGAGAAGAGAAACAACCGUCAUCCUUCACAACUGGUUCAUCUGCUUCCAGAUCUACGAGUCCCGUUUGUCCACUUCGAAAGCCAUUGUCAACUUUAUCCCUGAGUGGAAUGGAUGACCUCCACAACAAGCUAUUGGCCGUCACGGAUGAGGUGUGUGAAAUUAUUGGCCGAGUGAGUUCAGCUAACCUGAUGUCCUUUGUGUCGGAGGAAUAUGACAGACUGCAGCAUCUCUUGUUUCUAAGAAAGAGAAUUAAAGACAAUGGAGUCAUUCCUGCACAGUCCAAGGAGAGAUUCCAGUCCAAUCAUAAUGAACAACCCAAAGUCAACACGGCUACAUCCAGCUAUACAGACUACUCACCCGCUAGCUGCAAAACACCAUCUUCUCAGACUAGCUCCAGAACCUCCUCUUUUCCAAUCAUCUGCAGUGCCCUCUCUUCUCCAAGUAACUAUGGAAACUCCUCAAACUCCUCUUCUUCUGCUACCUACAGAGAUCCCUGCCCCAGUGUUACUGCCGCGUUAACAUCUGGUAAUACGUCCGAUGCUGGAUCCAUGCAAGACACAUCUUCUUACGCUGGUCUGAAGACUCCAGGUUCCACUUCUAUUGUCCGGUGGAAGAGUGCUCUAGACAGCUUAGGUUCUGAUUCACCAGUUCCUUGUGGGGACAGCUUCUUCGAAGACGAUGUUGAAAUGACGCAAAGAAAAAUGACGUUUAUGAAAGGUUUUAGAAAGUCGCUUCCCAGUGCGACAGCAAACGGUUCAGUUUUGAACAGAAGUAACCAUUCAGGUGUUAGUAAUACAGGUCAAAGGGAGAAUACGGAGAAUGCUGGGGGUACAGAAUAUACUGAUAGACACGUUGCUGAACGGUUUUCCGAACCUUUUAGUGUAGGAACUUCAAAAACUGCUGAAUUCUCCGGUGCAUUUUCAGAAAGUUUGGACAAGAAAAAAUGCAAUACUAGCUUGAAUAAUUCAGUUGACAUCUUUAGUACAAGUGGAACUACAGACUAUACCUUUGACUAUUCUCUCUCAGAAUCUCCAGUGAUAUGCAAGUCAAAAAUUAUUGCUCAGAGUAAGGAAACGAGUGUCGGUGAUGACAAAGACUAUUUUUCUGAUGAACUUCCUAAUAUAGAUGAUUUUCAAGAUGAAUUUGAAGAUGAAUUGGAUGCCAUGGAUGAUUUACCCGUUAUUAAUGAAUAUACAAGACCGAAUAAACUAUCUACAAGUGUUACAAAGGAAACGUUUCCCAAUAACAAACAACAGCAGCUGAAACCGGUGGCACAGUUAGCUGAUUCAUCAAACUAUGAGCCGACAUUCGCGGGUUCGGACAAAGAUGAUGGUUCGACUGGAGAGUUUGAUGGGAACACUUUUCCUCACAGCCGCGAGAUGCACAAAGUAUUCCGCCAGGUGUUUGGUCUGCGUGACUUCCGUUCCAACCAGCAGCAAGCAAUGAAUGCUGCAAUGCUCGGCCACGAUACCUUCAUCAUUAUGCCCACUGGUGGAGGUAAAAGUCUGUGCUACCAGCUGCCUGCCCUGCUGUCAAGUGGAGUGUCUAUAGUUAUCUCCCCUCUCAGAGCGUUGAUACAGGACCAGGUGCAACGACUCUCAUCACUAGACAUUCCAGCAGCUCACCUGUCGGGUGAGAUAGAUCAGACCGAGGCCAGUCGUGUUUACUCUCAGCUGUACAUGAGAGAGCCGGGGAUCCGACUUCUGUAUGUGACGCCCGAGAAGCUAUCUAACAGCAACAAACUGUUGAGUGUUCUUGAUCAUCUCUACGGUCGUAAACUGCUUGACAGAUUUGUCAUCGAUGAGGCACACUGCGUCAGUCAGUGGGGUCAUGAUUUCCGCCCCGAUUACAAGAAGUUGUCCGUGUUACGUGAGAAGUUUCCUGGAGUCCCUGUGAUGGCUCUCACUGCAACUGCGACGCCGCGGGUCCGCAAAGAUAUCAUUCACCAGCUGAGAAUGACGAAUCCUAAAUGGUUUAUGCAGAGUUUCAACCGUCCCAAUUUGAAGUAUGUUAUUCGUAACAAAAGGCCACAGAAUGUGACCACGGACGUUAUCCAGCUCAUCAAUGACAUGUUUCCUGGAAAAUGUGGAAUUGUUUACUGUUUAUCCAGGAAGGAGUGUGACAACGUGGCCAGUCAGCUCCAGAAGAACGGCGUCCAAGCCAUGUCUUACCACGCUGGUCUCGCCGAUGCUGACCGCACCUCUGUCCAGGAGAAAUGGCUGUACGGAGAUAGGUGUAAGGUGAUCUGUGCAACAAUAGCAUUUGGAAUGGGCAUUGACAAGCCUGACGUGCGAUUUGUGAUCCACUAUUCUCUGCCCAAGUCUGUGGAGGGUUACUACCAGGAGGCGGGCCGUGCAGGACGAGACGGGCUACUGGCUCACUGCAUCCUCUUCUACUCGUACCAGGACUGCAAGAGGCUCAGGAGAGUCAUAGAAAUGGACAAGAAUGCGACGUACGAGUCGAAGCGGGUUCACAUUGACAACCUGUUCCGCAUGAUUCAGUACUGUGAGAAUGUGGCCGAUUGUCGCCGUGCGCAGAUACUCGGUUAUUUCGGAGAACAUCACUUUGAUCGAGAAAAAUGUGCUCAGUUUAAGGGUUCCAUCUGUGACAAUUGUCAAUCAAAGUCAAGUUUUAAGCUGCGUGAUGUGACGGAGGACUGUAAGGUGAUUGUCAAAUGUGUCGGCGAUCUCACCAGUACCAGACGAGCCAACUACACCCUGCUGCAUUUUGUGGAAAUCUUCAAAGGCUCCCAGAACACGAAGAUCAUGGAGGCCGGACAUAACCGACAUCCUCUGCACGGGCGUGGGGCUGCGUACAGCCGACAGGAUGCGGAGCGACUCUUCCACAAGCUGGUCAUGGACGGGAUCCUCACUGAAGAUCUGCAGAUAACCACCCAGGAUUACGCCGUCUGCUACAUCCGACUGGGACCCAAAUCCACGGCGCUGUCACAGGGCAAGUUGAAGGUGGAGCUGCAGGUCCAAGGAAACAAGAAGAAGACUGAAACUGGCCGGAUUGGGAAGCAGCCCGAGAGCGACCACGACAAACUUGUUGACGAAUGUUACAACGAGCUGACGGCCGUUGCCAAGGAUAUUGCCAAGAGUCGCCACAUCGCCAACUAUGCAAGUGUGUUUAAUAGCAAAACACUCUGGGAAAUGGUGGAAAAGGGGCCGAAAACCCGCCAAGAGCUGAUUGAAAAGAUUGAUGGAAUGACAGAGUUUAAAGUUAGCACCUACAAUGCAGAACGCUUUCUUGAUGUUACUGUCAAAUACUCAGAGUUGUUCGAAACUGUCAAACAUACUCCUCAGAACAGUUCUGAAAGUGGUGAUGACAACUUUUCGCCCGAGUGGUCACCAUAUUUCGCUGGCAAUACAUCAAGCAACCGUGGCGGUGGAAAAAGAGGAGGGUUCAGAGGAAAGAGAGGGAGUUACCGAGGCAAAAAGUCCAAGAGGGGGCAGUCUGGAGGUCGAGGAAAGACGUCAAACUCUGGGCCAGGAACAAGUUCUAAUGGGUGGAUGAACAAAAGCAGCAGCACUGGAUCUCUCAAUCAGUUUGGAUACCAGAAAGAUAGGGGACAAAUUAAAAAAUUCACUUCUACAAACUCAACAAAAUCAUCUGCAGGUUCUGGCCUGAACUCCAUGCUGGGUAUGAUGCCCGUACCGCAGCAUCGGUCAUUUCUCACCAGUGGCAAUGUGGUGCUUAAAAAAUUAUAAUCAAAAGCAGUUUAAUCAAGACAAGAAAGAAGCUUUAAAAAAAAUUAAAAGAAAACUCAAAAACAUAUUGUCCAGGGCUCUGUUCUAAGAUCACUUUGUGGAAUGGAACCCAGAACUUUGGUCUGUUAAGGUUUAUACAUGGAUUGGAAAAAGUAUGAGAAAAAACAGCCCAGCGUUCAACUGAUACCAGUGAUCUGUGGUAUUAUUAAAUACUGGCUAUCCAGAUGUUUGUACAUUGGUGUCAAAUGAAUAUGACGUGGUUGGAAUCGGUCAAAUUUGUGAUUCUCAAAACGUGUACAAUGUAUGUGGGAUGCAGACCAAGCUGCUGCUACACUGUCAGUGUUAGUUUUAAAAAGUCCAUUAAAACAUUAGUUCAUUAAAACAUCAGUCAUUUGUUUUAAAUCAAUCCAUUAGAAUCUCAUGAUCAUUUGUUUUAAAUCGGAACAUCACAGUCAUUUGUUUUAAUUCAGCUUAUUAGAACAUCGUUGUAAUUUGUUUUAAAUAAUACAUUAAUACAUCAUAAUCAUUUGUUUUAAAUCGGCCCACAGCAUUAGUCAUUUUUUUUAAAACUGCCUUUAACAUCAGUCUUUUGUUUUAAAUCAGCCCAGUAGAACAUUAUCCUUUGUUAUAAAUCAAUCCAACUCAUGGUCAUUUCUUUUAAAUUAGUCCAUUAUUUUACUAAUAAACAUUACCUGUAUUUAAAGGAGGUAGGGAAAAUAGCACAUUUUUUUUUUUUUUUUCAGCCUUCUAUUGCACAAAUAUGCAUUAGAAAGCCGAGUGACAUUUUAAGCAAGGAAAAAUUAUUAGUUUUCGAACAUUUGUAUGUACCCUGGCCCCAUGCUUAUAAAACAUUUAGGGCUGAAUUUACGAAGUGUUUUUGUUUAAUGCAGGUGUUUGAGCAUUGUAAAUACAUAAUUACACGUGUGUAAAACAAAAACAGGCUUUGCAAAUUGGGCCCUUAAUGUCGACUCAAUUCUGAUAACAUCUGGAGUCUUCAGCUUCAUGGCAAAGCAUACAAAGUUGCAUGUAUGUGAUAUCAUUAAAGACUGGGCCCUGGAACCCGAUUUUUGAAGCUAUCUAUCUUAGCGCUACGAUAUCGUAAAACUAUCGUAGGGUAUGGUAAUCGACUAUGUGAUGUCAUAGCUUACAAUGGUUUUAUGAUGUAGUGCUAAGAAAAUCUGUAGCCUGGUCUACAUUAUAUUAUAGUGAUUGGAAAAACAAUUUUGUUCAAAACCAGUAGAGUAUUAUGAAGGACAAUGGAUGACAGAACUCUACAUGAUUAUAAGGGAAUAGUUUUACAUUGAAGUAUGUGAUCUUACAUUAUUUUAUUGUCAACAAGUUAAAAUUCUAAUUUAGUUUCCUUAUUUAGAGUUCUAAUGUAUUUUAACACUCUAAGUGCCAUUUCGUUUGUCUAGUUAAUGGUUCUAGACUAGUACCAAUUCCCUUGGUAAAUUUUUAAACUGAACGUGACGGUUUAACUUGUUAUAUUUAAUGCAAUUACUGCCAAUAUACACUGUUGAAUUUUUUUAAUUUACAUUUUAUUUAGUUAUAAUUAUUUUUAAGUGUCGUUGGAAUUUUUAUAGGUACCUGCAAUAUUAUUGUAAAUAAACUGAAAUUUAAUAUU